UAAUGAACGCACCCAUUUAUACGUAAUUAAAAGGUGGAUACGUUAACUAUUUACUACUGACUGAUUCAUAACAAGGUGUAGUUUAGGUUAAGGAAAAACAACAAAAGAAAAAAACUAUUGAAAAAAUGAAAAUAAUAAACUAAAAGAAAAUGUAGUGAUAUCUUAAUACAAAAAUUGUGAUAACUGACAAGAAUCUCAUCAUUCAAAAUGAAAAUAUUAUUUAUAGUUUUUAUGUUUAUUAAAUAUUUAGAAGCCGACGAAGAAAAUAUUGUUUCGAGUAACUUGCAAUGUUAUAAAAAUUUUCGUACAAAAGAUGGUUCGAAUCAAUAUAUUGUAAAUUUUUUAAAUCCAGUUACUGUCGAUACAUGCACAAAGGAAUGUUUCAAUCGUUACUACAGGUUCAUUGCGUUACGUCACGAUAUAUGUUAUUGUAUGAAUAAUUAUGAAGGUGAAGAAAAAUUUAUUGCCGAUUGUAACUACAAAUGUAAGGGAAAUCCGUCACAGAUUUGUGGGGGUUACGAUGAAUCGAUAUUUGCCAUAUAUCCAACAGAUCUUAAAGUACCGGAUGCUCCACAAAAUGUUCAAAUACAAAACGUAACAGAAAAAACGAUCUCAUUAAAAUGGCAACCGCCCGAAUAUAAACAACAUGUAACGGGCUAUGUAUUAACUGCGCAUGCAUUACAUACAUAUUCAAGUAGUGUUUUAAAUGCGCUAGAAUGGAAAAUUUACAACAAUACACUUUCAUACACAAUGUUUAACUUACAUCCGGCCACAACUUAUAAUAUCACGUUACAAGCCCUAUCAGCGGAUGGUUUAGGAAGGCCUGCAUCGAUUGUAGCGACCACGGUGAUUGGUAUCCCAGAUCCGGCACCAAUUACACCACAAAUAGUGAAAGUGGACGAUAAACAGUUAACUGUUAGCAUUGAAGAAAUGAAAAAUGAAAAUGGACCAAUUACAGCUUAUCGGAUUGUGGUUAUUAAUGAUGCAACGAAUCAAGGUUUUACACCCGAAUAUUUAAAGUCGUAUUCGGAAGCAAUGAAAGAUGGAUUACCGUACUAUAUAACGGCUGAACUACGACCAUCGGAAUUAAGAAAGAACUUUACAAUUGGAGAUGGUCGCUAUUACAAUGGUUUUUACAACGCUCCAAUUUCAGACACAUCAAAUGUGGAUGUUGCUAUCGGGAUUGUGAGUACAAAUGGAAGUAUAUCGAAAAUGCGCUAUACUCAACCAUCUGGUAACAAAGAGGGUAUCAUUAUUUUGAAUGUUGGUAAUGGCUAUGAAAUGGAAUCGAACUUAAAUCUAGCGCUAAUUAUUGCUAUUACGUUUUUGGGGAUUUUAUUGGUUCUAUCAAUAUUUUCGUUGUAUUACUUAAAAUAUCGCAUUAAACAACAACGCCGAAGGACUGAUUGUCAGGAGUUAACGUUACAAGGGCCCAUUCUAGAAAUGGAAAAUAGUGGUUAUAUUCCCGAAGAAGAAAUCGAAAGAGUUAAUCAUUACGAUAAUUUACGUGAUAAAGUUUGGAAUAUACCAAAAAAUUUUCUGGAUAUUAAAUCGGAUCAAAUACUUGGUCAGGGAAAAUUUGGACGUGUUAUUUCUGGCACGGUUCAACGUGAUAUGAGUAGUGUGCCUGUUGCAAUUGCCAUGAUAUCUGAUCAUAACCUUCAAAAAAACGAUGCAAAACGUAUGCUGAAUCAAUUAAACAUAUUAAUUGUGGCGGGAAAUCAUGAAAAUGUGAACUCAUUAAUUGGAUUCUAUGAAAAUCCAACUACGUUAUACAUUGCAAUGGAACAUUAUGAGAAUGUUUUUAAAGAUUGGCUCUUGGAAUGUCGUCAAUAUACUGACGAUGGCACGAAAUUUACGGCGUUAACACAAAAUGAACUUAUAGCGUUCUUUAUUCAGAUCGCGAGUGGCAUGCAGCAUUUAGGCAGACAAAAGCUUGUUCAUGGACAAUUAUGCUGUCGCAACAUUUUACUGGACACAGUGAAAAUGAAUUGUAAAAUAACCGGUUUCGGUUUAUCCGAUUAUGUACGAAACGGCAAACAUUUAGACUAUAGUCGUUGGCAUGCACAUGAAUUAUUCCGUCAACGACAACCGUCUACAAAGAGUGAUGUAUGGUCUUUCGGAUGUUUAAUGUGGGAAGCAUGCGCCUUAGGUGGUACACCGUUUGUAAAUAUUCAAUCCAAAGAUGUUGGUAAUGAAAUUCGACGUGGUGCUCGUCUUCAUCAACUCAGUUACAUAACCACCGAUAUAUAUCAAGUUAUGUUAAAUUGUUGGCAAAUGGAUUCUGAUGAGCGUCCUACAUUUGAGGAAGUGAUACAAAAUUUGGAAUUUUUAUUACAUGACUGUAUCCAGCUAAUGGAUUUCAGUGUGAAUCCGGGAUUUUCGUAUGAAAAAUAUCUUCUCGAAUUAGAAACUAGUAAAUAAUUUCUAGUAAAAUAAGGUUUUACCAUCCAGUUGAUCGACAUUUACUUAGAUUUUUUAGCUUAUUAACCGCUAAAUUUUGUAAGAUGAACGAACGAGUAAGUUUGGACGAUUCAACUGGAUAUAUUAAGAUCUUAGAGGGUAUAAUAUAUUUACGCAAAAAUUGUGUUAAGCUGCCUCGAAUUAGCUUUGCUAAUUUUUAAUGUAAAUACGCCUUUCGUUUUUUUAAUAAAAUUUGAUGAUUAGAGUUAUUUUAUGGAUUUUUUUCGUUGUCAGUCUUUAUUGAUCUCCCUGUCCUAAUAAAAGAUUAUGGACAGGCCGGGAUUUAUAAAAUCGCCACAGAAAUCUUUUCGAUUGCACUAAAUAUGAGAAGUUUGAUUUGGAUCUUAUCGAAUAUGUUUCAAAUAUCGAAGAUAAAGGCGUAUUUACAACCAAAUUAUUUUAGAAAAAAUUUUUAAAGCACAAAUAAAUAAUUUUAGAAAAGCUUAGCACGCAAAUUACAGCACAAAAAAAUACUUACGCAUACCUUUACAAAUCGACAUUAAUAUAUUAAAUCCUUUAAGAAUCCGAAACAAAUGUGU